AUCGCUUCUCGGGAAUGACUGGCGAAGCCACCGACAUUGCGUUGAGAAAGUCCAUGUAUGCAAUCGGCGGACUGAUGGGAGUCUUGGUAAAUUCCUCCUUAAAGGUAGGGGGUACAGCUGACAAGGGCGUCCUCGCCGACAGAGCAGAAAGCUCCGAGGGGAAUGUUGCCGUGACAGGAGUUGUCAACUGCGGGAGCUUGGGCUUGCUGGUGGGCUUCAUGUCGUCGGUAUUGACGGUUGAGUGUCUUAGUGCGGUAUUGUGUGAUGUGAUAUAUCGACACAAGCUUAAGUCAAGCGAAUGACUCAAGAGGUGGAGGUGGGUAGGAGGGCUGCCGACCAAGCUGCACUGACAAGUCGCCGUUGAAGAGGGAAGAUCCGGCAGUUGUGGUAGGGAGCAGGUGGAAGUUGGAAGAGGGAAGCAAUGGCUAUAAUAUGUAUGUAUGUGAUCCCGUCACGGCUAAGAGCCAAGCGCAGUGGUGUCUUGGAGGUAGAUUGGCCAAGGCGGGUCCUGUUUUGUUUCACGCGCGCGAGGGGGGCUCGGAAACCUUGCCAGCAGACGCUGAGACGAGGGCGCCAAACGGCAAAGCUUUGAGCUAAACCUUCGCUAGAAACGCUAGAAUCAAUGUGACUGAUCCAAGCGGAUGGGUGUG